GCGCAGUGGAAUCGUGGAUAGUAAAUUUAAGCAUCGCUUAGCGUAAAGUACCGUACCGUAGAGCAUAAUAAUGAACUGAACAGACACAAACCUGUGCGAGCCAGCUUUCUGGGCAUUGAAAAAGAAGCCCCAUCCGAAAACGUCCCUCGCGAGCAAAUGUUCUUUGUUCCUGCCACGGUGGUGCAUCUUCAAUCGCGAGAUGCGAACUCGCCCUUCGCUUCGUAGUGAAACUCGUUGCAUGCUCUAGAUAUAGUGCUGUAGUCCUGUGUGCUGACGUUGUGUAUCAAAAUUUCGAAACGCUUCCUCGCUGCUAGAACGAAGUGGCGAACACAUUCCAUUCCAUUUCCAAAUGGUUGCAGGAUCCAGAACGCCGUCAGUCCAGGGUUUUGCUCUUCGUAUGUCAUACGUCGGAUGUGUUUCUUCUGCGAAAGUGUCGGAUCAAGUGGGAUAGCAAAAGAAAAGUGCCUUGUUGCCCCGUGCCAUAUCGGAGCAGAUUUUUGUUUGUUGCUUGCUCGUUUGGUUGCUCUGGGUUCCGGUUCCUAGUGUGAGGUGUUACUUUCAAUCCCUCCAUGUUUGACGGUGUAUCUGCUUCAUCCCAGUCUGUAAAUGAUCACACGAAUUGAAGCUGCGAUAUAAUCAUUUUUGAGUGCGUAGUUGGUGUGUGGUUGUUCUUCUAUCGAAGCUCGUUAAAAGUGAAGCCCGCAAGAAAGUCAUUUUAAAUACCAUUCGCCAUACCUCGUCGUCCACGAAGCCCUGGAUCGUUCAAACUAAGUAGUGUGCUCCUGUUUUCACAAUCCUCCUCCCUGCACCCAUCGUAACAACUCGCGUUAUCAAUGAAUACUUCCGCGGUGGUGUUGGAAGGACUGGCGGAUCCAGGAACAUCCCUCGUUGCCGGGGAAGGCAACACGGAAUGGCAAACGCUUCACUGCAGCAAAGAUGCGUUGACAGAUUUGUUCGGCUGGUUUCUCCAGGGAAUAUUGGCCACGCUCGCCUUCACCUGUCUUAUCGCUAAACGGUUCUGCGAACCGCAGUACAAUCGGCGCUCGUGGGAAACCUGGUGGUAUGACACGUCCAAGCAGGGCAUCGGCGCCCUCGUGAUCCACAUGGCGAACGUUUACCUGGCCCCACUCUUCCAAGGGGACCCCUGUACCUGGUAUAUCAUCAACUUCCUCCUAGACUCAACGAUUGGUCUGUUUAUUAUUUACAUCGGCAUCAAAACCUGCCAGUAUUUGGCGCGAAAGAAAAAAUGGGAUGCCAUCAACUUUGGUGAAUAUGGCGCUCCGAAAUCGUGGUUCUAUCAAACAUGCAUCUACGUGUGCCUGAUGGUGGUCGUUAAGCUUAUAACAACCCUAAUCAUCCAGUUCGACGUGUGGGACAACGUGAAAAACUUUGUCCUGUCCCCCUUCAAGGAUCCCCGGAUAGAGCUGGCCGUGGUGAUGCUAGUAAUUCCAUUCUUUGUCAAUAUACUUAUCUUCUGGGUGACGGAUAACUUCCUUAUGAGACAUACGCGCAAAAAGCGUGCCACCGUGGCGAGCAGCUCACACCAUGUUCACGGUCGGGAGCAUAGUUUGCUGCAAAAAGUAAAAUACAAAAUGAUACAAAAAUCCAAACCAAAUGACUCAGAAUCUGAUACUCUUUUGUCAGGCGAUGAAGAAAUUUUAAGCUUCAGUGCGCCCGGCAACGGUAACGGUGGUAACGGUGGGGGGACCCACCGGUCGGUAAUGGGACGUCACUAUCACCUGCAGCACCACCACCACCAUCCGACGAUAGCGGAUGCAUCUUCGUCGCUGUCGGCGACGACCGCGAUGCACACCGGCGGUACCGGUGGUGGUGCCAGUGGGGGUUCCUCCUCACUACUCACUUCCAUCGACAUGGACACGGCAAUCAUACUGAGCUCGUCGUCGAGAACAUCACCAGCCACGAGCCGGACGACAGUUCAACAACGCACCAGUGUCAUUAACAUCUAGACUUGUGUACACGGAGCAAGCACUUUCUGUAGAAACGUAUGGAAGAGAGACGCACCAAUCGUACAUGGACAAAAACACAGCACUCUUAACCUCACAUCACCAAUCCGUGCACAUCAUCAGUCUGCUGCAUAUCGAGCCCGGAAGAGACACGGCCCGGUUUCCAGGGAUCCAUUCCUAUGACUGCUCCCACUCGAUUGAACCUUGGCAACGAAUAGUCCUGUCCUGUAUGACUUGCCAAAGAAGAGAGAGAGAUAUGGUACAUCAAGAGGAUAAUAGAUAGGCCAAGGGAAGAGUGUGUGCCCUUCGCUUCAGUUGUUCAAGUAGAUGUUGGGGUUACUAGAAGAGAAGUUAGGAAAGCGAUGGAUGUAGAUUGCCGGACUACCGGCUCAACAUACAAUACCACAAGGGAUAUUCCAUUGAGAUGCUUAUAGCCACAUAUACACGUACGUAAAAUUGUGAUACAAACCUCUGAAACAUGUUAGGUGUGAGUCCGUGCAACCCCAAUAAAGGUGCCUGCGGUAAAGUCCCGCUCUAAUGCCUGCAAAUCAACGAAAAUUAAACCGCAAUAGGAUGAGUGUUUGUUUUGGGUGGAGGAGGAAUCUGACGACUAAUCUAUAAUGGCUAAUCGAAGUCAGUGAAACAAAAAUUAUGGGUCGGCUUAAGGUUGCACAGGCCAAAAAACCUGGAAGAAGGAAGAAACAGCUAAACCUCCGAUUAAAACAUUUAUAAAAGACACUUCAUGCACCUGACGGAUAAAUAAGAAGCAGAGUUGCUUGUUACUGCAGGUGAAUAUACAUUUUUUCUUGAUUUGAAUGUGAUGCUAUUUAGCGUAUUAGGGAUGAAUCAAAACCAGCUGAUAGAGGUUAAUAACGUGAGAAAAGUUACUUGUUAGAGGCAGGCCAUUUUAACGGGACAAAAAAAGUAAGAAGCAUAGGCAAAGAAGCUACGUCAAUGGCGGGCAGAAUU